AUGAUGUCGCUGCAUCCAGCGCAUCUGGCCAUCGCCACGGUCGUUCUGUACUUCCUCUACGGCCAUCUCCGCCUCUCGCUCGCGCGCGCCCGCGUCAAGAAAGCCCACGGCUGCCAGCCCGUGCCGCAGUACAAGCAGUGGGAGAACAUCCUCGGGCUGCAGUACUUCCUCGAGCGCAUCAAGGUCGCCAAGGAGAACCGCAUCCUCGAGGAGGGCCUCAAGCGCUACGAGCAGUAUGGCAAUACUUACGCGGUCAAUGUCAUGGGGUCGACGACCUACCUGACCAUCGAGCCUGAGAAUGUCAAGGCGGUGCUCUCGACAAACUUCCAGGACUAUGGCCUCGGGUCCCGGCUGAAGAUACUGGGUCCGCUGCUGGGGAGAGGGAUUUUCACCACUGACGGGGCACAGUGGGAGCACUCCCGCCAACUGGUCCGGCCGACAUUCAAGAAGACGCAGCUGGCCGACCUCGACGUGUUCGAGACGCACGUCCAGCAUCUAAUCGAAGCCAUCCCGCGCAACGAGACGGUGGACCUGCAGCCGCUCUUCUUCCGGCUGACAGUCGACUCGGUGACCGAGUUCCUGCUGGGCGAGUCGGUGCGCAGCCUGGGCCGGCGCGACGUGCCCGAGUCGGAGGACUUUGGCUUCCAGUUCGACCGCGCGCAGGACGGGCUGAUUACGCGCUUCCGGCUGGGCCCGCUGCUCUGGCUGUAUCGCGACCCCAAGUUCUUCGAGGCCUGUCGCUUCUGCCGCGAGUAUGUCGAGCGGUUCGUCGCCCGCGCCAUCCAGCGCCAUCGCGCCGGCGCCCCCAAGGAGAGCAAGGUCGCCUACGUCUUCCUCGACGAGCUGGUCCACGAGACUGAGGACCCGGUCGCCCUGCGCGACGAGCUCAUGAACGUCCUGCUCGCCGGCCGCGACACCACUGCCAGUCUGCUGAGCAACCUCUUCGUCAUGCUAGCCAAGCACCCGCACGUCUGGCGCCGUCUGCGCGAGGAGGUGCAGACGCUGGGAGGCCAGCGGCCCAACUACGAGACGCUGCGCGGGCUGACGUAUCUGCGCUAUGUGGUGAACGAGUCCCUACGACUGCACCCCGUCGUCCCCGGCAACGGCCGCGAAGCGCUGCGCGACACAGUGCUGCCAGUGGGCGGCGGCCCAGACGGCAAAUCGCCCGUAUUCGUAGCCAAGGGGUCGAGGGUGGCCUACACGGUGUACGCGAUGCACCGGCGCAAGGACAUCUUCGGCGAAGACGCGGACGAGUUCAAUCCGGACCGGUGGGAGACGAUCCGUCCAGGAUGGGCGUAUCUGCCGUUCAAUGGCGGGCCGCGCGUGUGUCCCGGGCAGCAGUAUGCGCUGACUGUCGUCAGCUACACGGUUGUCCGGCUGCUGCAGACGUUUGAGGAGAUUGAGGAUCGGGAGCCGCGGCCGUGGAAUGGUAAGCCGCAUCUGACUAUGUGUAGUCUGCAUGGGACGAAGGUGUGCUUGCGGUGA